GUGAUAUAUAAUGGGAUUUCAAAACAGGGUAGUUUCUGUCAUUUAUGUUUAUAUGUUUGUCGCAUAAGGAAGAAUGAAACAAGUUAUUUAUUUCUGAAUAAUGAAAUGGAAAUUAGAAAUUAAAAAAAUAGAAAUCUGUCAGUUUCGUUUUACAAGAUGACUGAUUUGUAAAACGAUAUAAUUAUUGUGCAGUAGUAAAACUGAAUAAAUAACAAACAAGAAUGGGCGAUUUUGAAUCACAGAGGAAACAAAUCCGUGAUUUCAAGCAAGUAAUAAAUGAAACUUUGGGCAUUUACGAACGUAAUGCUGUGCUUUUCAAAGACUUUUUGCGGAAUUUUCCUAUGUGUUCUGACCCGGAUGACGACACGAGGUUGCGACAAGAACUUGACAAUAUACUACCACUUCUAAAUGAUCAGAAGAAAAUCAUCACAGAAACGGAAAAUCUUAUCCUUAGUGCCAAAAACAAGAUAGCCGACUCAAUAAUAGAACUGCGACCAAAGCAAGGAUCACUUGGUGCUCGUAAAAAAAUGCCCUUAGAAAAUGAUUUAAGCCAAGACAGUGCCAUCUUUUCAGCUGAUUCAACAAUUCUUCAAAGAGAGUCUGCUGGUACUCAUCCGUCCGAUGAAAGCAGUCCUACUUCUUCAUUACUAGCCGGUGAACCUAUGGAAAACCAACUCAGCAAUUCGAGUUCUGACGAGGAUUACAACGCCAAACACUAGUGACACACUAUAUACAUGCAUGUCAGAAUCCAUAGACCACACACACUUUUAACUCAAAGUUCACAGAUAUUCGUAUCUUUUUAAAGUGUAAUACAUUUAUAUAAUAAUUAAUAUCUUAUAAUCGAAAUUAUUUUAAAUUAAUGUAAGAAAACGAAAGAUAAAAUCAAUGAAGACUAUUUAUUUUCUGGGCUACGA